CCCCACAAACUCUGAGGACUUGUAGUUCAACCGCUGCUGGGGUGUGUCGAUGUGUUGAUAUUUUAACCAAUAUAUUACGCUUUCUGGUAGUCUGUCGUGUUAAAAUAAGUUUUCUCUGAUAAAAGUUAAAUCUGGACUAAAACAAGACAAUGGCCAAAAGAAAAUCAAAGACUACAGAGUUCAAACCUCCUAAGCGAACGCAGCCCAGAGCAAAACGACAGAGAAGCUCUGAAGAAACAAACCCGCAGUCUGCAGAUGAAACUCAGAUUCAGACACCAAAUUCAGAAAACAACAACUCCCAUAAUGCAUUGUGCUCAGAGAAGCUGGAUGAGCAUCAGCCUGAACUGAGCACAUUACAAAUCAGUCAGACAACAGAGUUCCCUGUUGAUCCUUGUUCAUUGGAAGAAAAAACAUGCAAUGAUGAGGAUGGAAAUGGUACAAACCCACCUGGGACUGAACAAGAGAUCGCAGUACAAACCCCAGAACCUAACAAUAGCGACAAGUACACGGUCUCUCAACCUUUAAAUGUUGAAGUUACCAAGGUAGAUCAGCCUGACGUAGAGCUGGAUGAUGAAAAGGGUGAAAUCACAAGCAAUUCAAACCAUGAAUCCCAGAAGGUCCCAGAUGACUGUGACUCUGAAUUACCAUCAGACGAGUGUCAAACCGAGAAGGAAUUUCCACAUGAGGAUACCGAUAGUUUAGCCACUGAACCUAAUAAGGGCGAACAAUUAGAGUGUUCGGACAUCAUAGAUGAGACAGGAAUUCAGAUGGCUGAAGAUGCAGAUCCUCUAGUAAAGAGGAAAAUCAGAAAGAGGAUGGGAAUGUGUCGGCUUGGAGAUAGGAAGAAGAUGCUCAAGGAACAGCCGACUAGCGGGAAUGUGUUUGGAGAAGGAUUGGAGAACAAGGCAGGUCAAGAUAUUAAAGAGGAUUCUGUGAUGAUGGUCAGUGAUGAUUUAAAGAAGGAUGGCUCAAUCUCUCUUGAAGAGUUUUCUGGAUGCUCCUUCCCAACCUCUUGCCCAUUAGAAGAUAUUCCUGAACUGGAAAUACAGGAGGAGCCUGAACUUCAAGCAUUGGUUGAAUGCAUGUCAAGCGAGCAAGAAAUUACUCAUGAAACUCACCAUACGCUCCCAUCCCGUGCUAAUUCUGGCGAUCCUCUUGAGGACAUUGAAACUGAACGUGUGGAGUGUAGCAAUAAUAAAAGCAACAUUAGAGAAGAUAAUAAGCCAGAAAUGUGUGAUGACAUCAUUACUGAGAUUGGCACCGAAGUGACAGAUGAAGUUUGCCAGGAAUCGACCGAUGUUUCGACUCAAGAUGCGAUUGUGAUGGAGGGUCCGCUUGAAGUCCUCAAAGAGACCAAUGAAGAAUCAGCAUCCACCGCUGAGGUUGCUGAUCAUUUUGAAGAACUGGUAGUGAGAGGCAAUGAGAUGGAGGUUGAGGAGUGCUGUCCAUCUGAACUCGACAUGAACACUUUUAUCAGUGGCCAGACCAAUGAAGAGUGUGUGGAGCUCACAGAUAUCGCAAUCAAUGAGACCGUCAGCGCACUUCCGGUAAUCGACGAGAUAAAAGAUAAGAGCGAGUCUUUGGACUGUACUUUGGUUGCUGCAUCUGAAACCGCUGAGACCACAGAGAACUGUGAGGAAACCUGCAUGUGGAGUUUGUCCUCACCCACAGCGCCACCUUGUGGUGAAGAUAAAUAUGUGCAAUCAGUUUCAGAGCGUGAUGGCUUACCAAGUGAAACUCACAAGCCUCAUCCGAGUCCUGCUGAACCCUAUCCCUCCAGCCCGUUAUCCAUCCACUCCGUGACAGAUUCCCAGCUCAACAACAUCCCUCUGAGUUUGGAGGACUUCCCCAUGGUAGAAGACACUUGUGAUCUGGAGGAUGCCACAGACCGGGUGUGUGGCCUUAUCAGAGAUCUCGCCUCUCUGAAUCAGAUAGUGAGGGAUGCACACAGGAAAAUCGGAUUUCUGCAACAAGCCAAAAAACCCGCAAGACCACCGUUUCGCAGCAUGUAUGGCCCUCAACACUAGAAAUACAGGCAUCCGUUUCUGAAUACGUUCUAACAAAGGACAGUAGUUACAGUUUGCUGUUCAGUUGCAUGUGUUUGAAGUUUGUUCACAUUUCGGGGUCUUAGAGCGAAAGCUCAACUUGCAUGGAGCCGUUCUCAGUUAACGUUUCUUUAGAAGUUCAAGCUAAGAAGUAAACAUUGUAAUUCUGUCAAUCACAGGUUGUGUUUGAAGGGUCUGAAAGCCUUAAAUCAGUCCAUUUUCUUGUGUAAAACGUACUAAACACAAUAAAUACUACAUUACUCGA